CAAACAAAUGCGAAAGCUGCUCCUCAUCACUUUGAUAUCAUCGAAAGAGUGCUAUAAGAAGUAUUAAUGUUGUCUCCAAAAAACACUAGUAGAUCACGAGAUAAAGACAGUGAGAGAGGAUGGAAACUGGGGUCCUCAAUCUAAGCAACUUUGGUGGGUCUUUACCAGUCGAGAAUGUGCAGGAUCUUGCUGCAAAGUGCUCGGAGGAAGUUCCGGCUCGAUAUUUGAGAUCAACAUGUGAGCUUGGCGAAGUUUGGUUGGGUGAGUCCCUGCAGAUUCCAAUCAUUGAUCUGAGUAAACUUAGUGGGAACCAAGCAGAAGAUCAGCAUGAACUUGAGAAGCUUCACUUAGCUUGCAAAGAAUGGGGAUUUUUCCAGUUGCUAAAUCAUGGAAUCCCUGAUGAGGCCAUCCUGCAAAUGAAGAAUGAUACUGAGAGGUUCUUUAAGCUGCCACUGGAAGAGAAAAAGGCAUAUGCUCAGCUACCGAACAACAUUGAAGGCUAUGGGCAAGCUUUCGUCGUGUCAGAAGACCAGAAGCUCGACUGGGGAGACAUGCUCUUCCUUCUUCCACAACCGGUUUCUCAGCGGAACUUGCAGUUUUGGCCAAACAAUCCCUCAUCCUUCAAGGCGACCCUUGAGAGAUACUCCUCAGAGAUCGCUGGAAUCUCGGCACGCAUCCUAAGGUCCAUGGCUAUGAACUUGGGAGUUGAUCCCGACAAACUUGUGAACAUGUUCGGAGAUGGAGUGCAGGGGAUCCGAAUGAACUAUUAUCCACCCUGUCCACAGGCGAGCAGGGUCAUGGGCCUGACUUGCCACUCCGAUGCCACUGGCCUGACACUACUAGUUCAGGCGAACGAAGUUGAUGGGCUGCAGAUCAAGAAAAACGGAAAUUGGUUACCCAUCAAGCCCUUCCCAGGGGCAUUUAUAGUGAACGUUGGAGACGUUAUCGAGAUAAUGAGCAACGGAGAGUACAGGAGCAUAGAGCACAGGGCGGUGGUGGACCCUGCAAGAGAGCGGCUCUCCAUAGCUGCCUUCCACAGCCCGAACUUAACAACCGUGAUUGGACCUCUGCAAGAUCUCACUACACAGAGCUGCGCACAGUAUAGGACCCUGAGCCAUGAGGAAUACAUCAAGCUCGUCAUCUCCAGCAAACUCGACGGGAAAAGCCUCUUAGACCACAUAAGAAUCUAGAUGUAACGAACAUAACACUUCACCUGUUGAUGCUGUUCCUCUUGAGAAUGUUUAUUCCAGGCAUACCAGACAGUUGAGCGAAUAAACGAAUUAUGAUUUUCUAUCGAAAAGAUAGGAAUCUACUUUAUUAUUA